GAUGGAGUCAUUGCAGCUGCUCAGCAAUUACUUCAACAACAACGAUACCUGAUCGUUUGCGAGUGCUUAAGUGGGGCUUUCAUGGAGCAGGAAGACGGAUGUUGAAGGAUAGAGGGCUUUCAACGCCUAACACAAAUCUGCGGGUAUGCCUAUCACCGUUUCACGCUGCGUGCGAAGGGCGGCACGAUGUACUUGGGCAUCUGCUAGAUGAAGGUCUUUGUGUUGAUGCAGUUUCGGCCUUCGGACGAUCAGCGCUCCACGAGGCAGCGUCAAGCGGACGUGAGACGGUAGUCCGGUUACUUCUGGACAGGGGCGCCGAUGUCUCCGCCACUGAUGAUCAUGGGCGUACAUCGGUGCACUUAGCGAUGGUUAGAGUAAUGAGGGAGUGGUCCGGUUAAUCUGCGAUCAUCGGGCACGAUUGUCGUAGGGUAGGUGGUUAGAAAUACCGAGUCAUGAUGGU